AAGGCCCAGAGACUCCGCCCGCGAGACGAGUUCUUUUUGCCAAAAAGGGGUUUUCCUUGGGGCGCGCUGCUCUGGCCAAGUAAGAACCUGAAGUUAGUUGUAUCUAUUUUCCGUACUCAGUUCACCUGGAAGAAGCUACAGAAGAUAAAAUUUAGACAUGUCGGCCUUAAUUAAGAAAGUGAUCAGCACCUCGAGAGCACCAAGUGCAAUCGGAGCCUACAGUCAAGCAAUACUGGUAGACAAAACCAUGUACAUCUCAGGGCAGAUAGGCAUGGAGCCUUCAAGUGGACAGCUUGUAUCAGGAGGGGUGGUAGCAGAGGCCAACCAGGCACUUAUAAACAUGGGAGAGAUUCUGAAAGCUGCUGGCUGUGAUUACACUAAUGUGGUAAAGGCAACUGUUUUGCUGGCUGAUAUAAAUGACUUCAAUGCUGUUAAUGAAGUCUACAAGCAGUAUUUCAAGAGCAAUUUUCCAGCCAGAGCUGCUUACCAGGUUGCUGCUUUGCCCAAAGGAGCGCGUGUUGAAAUUGAAGCCAUAGCUGUCGCAGCACUUUCCAUGACAUCUGGACUAUAAAUCAUGGCCUCCACUGUUUUGCCAGUUAUAUUUGGUUUAGGAUAACUGAUUAAUUUACUUCUAAUUCUUGAAAUUAAUGUUGGAAAUUGUGAGCCUUAAUGAAAUGCUGUGGAGGACUUUCAAGUAGAGAAAUAACAUGAGUUGAAAAUGAAUGAAGGAUUUGAUGGAGAAUACAGUUAUAAUGCAGCAUUUACAAUACACACAGCCACACUACUGAAAGUGAAAGGUAGGGUAUAGAAAUUAAAGUAUCUCUCUACAAAAUUAAUAAAAUCAAAGAGUAGCUAGAAAUGAAGGAAAAAGCAUUUUCUCAGGAUUUGUGGAUUGUUUUAUAUCUAAGAGGGGAGAAAUAACAUUUAUGGAAUUUAAUUCUACUAGAUUCACUACCUGAGAAAUAGUUGACUAAUAUUUUGUAAUUAAUUUUAUAAGCAAAAUUAACUAAAAAAAUAAUUUUACACAUUCUUUCAAUUAGUUGGAUGUAAUACCAAGGCAUUAAAAGUGGCAAAUCCCUCAAAAAACUUUUAACUUCUUGUUAAAGAAUUUUCACUGUUGGUCCAAUUGAAAUUCCAGGGUGUGUGGCAGAAGUUAAUGGAAA